UGCAGUGACUGCUGCCUUCCGUGAAAUUGCCGGCAAUUCGAUCAGAUGCCUCGCAACUUCGUUAUGUUUGAUUUUUCCUUACGUUUCUAUUCCCCAAACACUCGUCGUCGUACUUCUUCCCCGACCACUGUUCUGUCUCCAAUUUCUCCUUCGCUUGAUUUCAUCGCCUUCUUUGUCCUUAUAACUCUCCACUUAGGUUUUGCAGGUUUUACUUCAAGCAACUUGAUUUGUGCGUCUGUCUCUUCUUGAGGGAGCAAAGAAUAGAUUAUGAGAUCAGUUUCGGGGCUUCGACUAGAAGUUGGUUUGUCUGCUUCAAUCUCAAUAUCUGGGCCAUCUUAGAUUUAGGGUGCUUAGUUCAAUUUGACAUUUGAAGGAUAUUUAGUAAUGGAUUUUUGCCUAAUUUGAGCAGAUAGCUAUUUCCGUGAUAAUUUUAAUGAAGCAAUAAAUGAUUGGUUCUGUUUGUAAGUUUCUUUAAAUCCUUUCUAUUAGUUCUAUGGCACCAAGCAAAAAACCCUUUUCCAGAGAUGUGGCUUUGCGCCGCCUAUUAUAUGUGGUAUUCAUUACGUUAUCUGGGGUUAUACUACUGCAAUUCGUUCUCGGAUCUAAUUCAAGAUCAACCACUGAAACACUGCCUAUAAAUGAAGCUGACGAUGGCAAAGCGUCUGUCUGGAAGUCUAGACAGCUAUACAACUCUCACCUACCCCAACAGAAUGACUUAUCCUUGGAGCUGCAAAAGAGAAACCAGUUGCCUCCAAAAAACCUGGAUCUAUAUCCAACUCUGGCCAACGACCAUAUAAUUAUUGUUCUAUAUGUUCACAACCGGUCUCAAUAUCUCCAAAUAGUUGUUGACAGCCUUUCAAAGGUGGAGGGUAUCAAUGAGACCUUACUAAUUGUUAGUCAUGAUGGUUACUUUGAGAAUAUGAACAGGAUCAUUGAUGGAAUCAGAUUUUGCCAAGUUAAACAGAUAUAUGCUCCAUACUCACCUCAUCUGUUUUCUAAUGGUUUUCCUGGAGUCUCGCCUUCUGACUGUAAGGAUAAAGAUGAUGCUAGUGAAAAGCAUUGCAUAGGAAAUCCUGAUCAGUAUGGCAACCAUCGCUCACCAAAAAUUGUUUCGUUGAAGCAUCAUUGGUGGUGGAUGAUGAACACAGUUUGGGAUGGAUUGAAAGAAACAAGGAAACAUUCUGGCCACAUUCUUUUCAUUGAAGAGGACCACUUCAUAUUUCCGAAUGCAUAUCGCAAUUUACAGAUGCUAAUCUCACUUAAGUCUGAAAAAUGUUCUGAUUGCUAUGCUGCAAAUUUGGCACCUUCUGAUGUGAACUCAAGAGGAGAAGGAUGGGAAAGCUUGAUCGCAGAAAGAAUGGGAAAUGUGGGUUACUCCUUUAAUAGAACAGUUUGGAGGAAGAUACACAUGAAGGCUAGGGAAUUUUGUUUUUUUGAUGAUUACAACUGGGAUAUCACAAUGUGGGCAACUGUUUAUCCCUCAUUUGGCAGUCCUGUUUACACACUACGAGGUCCAAGGACUAGUGCAGUUCACUUUGGGAAAUGUGGUCUGCAUCAGGGUCAAGGGGAGAACAAAGUUUGCAUUGACAGUGGCAUGGUUAACAUUCAAAUAGAGGAACAGGACAAGGUUCCUAACAUUGGAUCAGACUGGGAAGUGCGCGUCUAUAAAAAUCAGCCUGGGUACAAUGCUGGAUUUAAGGGUUGGGGAGGCUGGGGGGAUAACAGAGACCGCCACUUAUGUUUGAAUUUUGCUCACAUGUAUCACUACAUACAGGCAUAGACACUACUUCCACUUUGUAAGAAUCGACCUUCUGGCUUUCUUGUUUCUUAUUUUCUCUGUUAUUGUUAGUCAACUGCUACGUGGUACUGUGAAUUUACACGCUUUGAAACAGGAAUUAAGAUGAGUGUUUUACACAUGGCAUUAAUAUCUAUAAUUUACUUAGAUAGUAUAGUUGUUUUUGCAGUUCUCAUUUGAUUGUAACAGUGAAAACUGAAAGAUAUUAAUAUAAUUUCUCCCCACGCGGGGACAGUUCUCAUAUCAUGUGACCUUUUUAAA